CUCCUGACCACUGUCCGUGAUCAUACUCAUUAUGCCUCGGAGUCAGAAGAGUAAGCACUGCACUCGUGAGAAACACCACCAGUCUCACAGUAACUCCCAGAAUCACAAGGGAGUUCAGGCCCCUGUAGCAAUGGAAGAGCCCCCCACCUCCUCUUCUCCUGUUUUGGAGGGUAAUACCCCAAAUCUAUCAGCUACAGAGUCAACUAGCACUUCCCAGGAGUCUUGGGGUGGCCCAUCUACCACCAUUACCUCUUCAGAUAUUUCUGGUACAAGAUCUGAUGAGGGUAAGGACAGCCAACAUAAGGAGCACCUAUGUUUCCCUAAGGUCUCACCUUCUACUAAGAGUUCAUGCAUUGAUAUUCUAACUAUGAAGGUGGGUUUGCUGGAACAGUUUCUUCUGUACAAAUAUAAAAUGAAACAGCCCAUUGUGAAGGAAGACAUGAUGAAGAUUAUUGGCCAAAAUUACAAAAACCAAUAUCCUGAGAUCCUUAAGAGAGCCUCUGAACGCAUUGAGGUUGUCUUUGCGGUCGAAUUGAAAGAAGUUGACUCAACCAGACACUCCUAUGACCUGGUCAGCAAAGUGAAACUCCCUAACAAUGGGAGGGUGCGUGCUGGCAGGGGGUUACCCAAGACCGGUCUCCUGAUGACAGUCCUGGGUGUGAUCUUCAUGAAGGGCAACUGUGCUGCUGAGGAAGACAUCUGGAAAUUCCUGGGUAUGAUGCGAGUAUUUGCUGGGAGGAAGCAUUUCAUCUAUGGUGAGCCCAGAAAGCUCAUCACCAAAGACUUGGUGAGACUACGGUACCUGGAAUACCGCCAAGUACUGAACAGUGAACCUCCACGCUACGAGUUCCUGUGGGGUCCAAAAGCUCAAGCUGAAACCAGCAAGAUGAAAGUCCUGGAAUAUUUGGCCAAGGUCAAUGAUACAGUUCCCAAUGUCUUCUCAUCAAGAUAUAAAGAAGCUUUGAGAGAUGAGGAAGCAAGAGCCCGAGCCAGACCUACCACAAUAGCCAGUGUGCAUCACAGGGGCACAUCCAGCAGUUUCUCCCACUCCUAUUGAAAUCUGAGGUUUUAAAAAAAUCAUCUAAAUAAGAAAAUAUGACAUCAUAGUAGGGGUUUUCAGGGAAAUGUGAAAGAAUCCCACAGUAAAUUUACUGUGAUAAUGGAAUAUAAAAA